CCCUGUGGCUCAGCCCGGGCGCGGAGCCGCGGUCGCGCAGCGCCGGGAGCCGCGGGCGCGGAGCGGCACCAGGCCCGGCCCGGCCCCGCCAUGGUGGGCCGGGAGAAGGAGCUCCGCAUCCGCUUCGCGCCGGGACGCUGCGAGCUCGUGGAGGAAGAUGUUGACGUUCCCAGCAGGCGAGUUUUGAUCACUGGUGCUACGGGACUUCUUGGCAGAGCUGUGUUUAAAGAAUUCAAUGAAAACAACUGGAACACAGUUGGCUGUGGAUACAGGAGAGCUCAGCCCAGAUUUGAACAUGUUAAUCUUCUGGACUCUAUUGCAGUUCAUGACAUCAUCCAUGAUUUUCAGCCUCAUGUUAUAGUGCACUGUGCUGCUGAGAGAAGGCCAGAUGUUGUAGAAGGUCAACCAGAUGCUGCUUCUCAGCUCAAUGUGGCUGCUUCAGCAAACUUAGCAAAGGAGGCAGCUGGAGUUAGAGCAUUUCUGAUCUACAUUAGCACAGACUAUGUAUUUGAUGGAACAAGCCCUCCAUAUAAAGAGACUGAUGUGCCAAAUCCCCUGAAUUUAUAUGGUAAAACCAAACUGGAGGGUGAGAAGGCAGUUCUGGAAAACAAUGAAGACACUGCAGUACUUAGGAUUCCUGUCUUGUAUGGGGAGGUGGAAAGACUGGAGGAAAGUGCUGUGACAGUUAUGUUUGAUAAAGUGCAGUUCAGUAAUAAAUCUGCCAACAUGGACCACUGGCAACAGAGAUUUCCUACCAAUGUCAAGGAUGUAGCAGCUGUUUGCAGACAACUAGCAGAGAAGAGAAUGUUGGACCCAUCAAUAAAAGGAACCUUUCACUGGUCUGGCAAUGAACAGAUGACUAAGUAUGAGAUGGCCUGUGCAAUUGCUGAUGCUUUCAACCUUCCCAGCAGCCACUUGAGACCAAUUACUGACAGUCCAGUUGUGGGUGCUCUUCGUCCCAAGAACGCUCAGCUGGACUGCUCCAAGCUGGAGAUGCUGGGGAUAGGGCAGAGAACACCAUUUCGAGCUGGGAUCAGAGAAUCACUUUGGCCUUUCCUUGUUGACAAGAGAUGGAGACAGACAGUCUUCCAUUAGUUUGUAACUUUUUUUAGUAAAAGUAUGGUAUGUGGCACUUUUUUAAAAGAAAAAAAAAUAGUUUUGUAUGAGUGUUCUUAAAUUGUGACAUUUAUGAGCUUUCAUUUAAUUGGGUAAACAAAUGGUCUUGCACUAGUGAAACUUAGCCUAAAAAAAGUUCAGUGACAAAAACUGAGCCUAUUUGAUGUCAUGGAUUUUUUCCUUCCAUUUAUACCAGUCUAACUUGCUAUCUGUUCUUGGUGGGUUGAGGUUCUUAGUAAUGAGUACUGUGUGAUGCUAAGAAUGACUCCAAUCACUUGCUGACUUAGUUUUGGCUGAAAUGUUGUUGAUGCUUAAGGUCUGUGCCAUUGUUGUAUAUACCAUUUCUCUUCAUUAAAAGACAUGGUCAGUUACUUUAUCACCAAAAAUCUGAGGUUUUUGUUUUUAAUUUCUGAAGAUGGUGUUCUUAGGGAGUUAAGCUGAAGUAGGAAUCCUUAAAUGUUUGUUUUGCCUGAGCUCUGAUCAAAAUGUUUUUUAAAAAAGUGAAACUUUAUUUUUGCAAUUAUCAAGUGUACUUUUUAUGCUUGAAAUAUUUUCAGAAUGUUCUGUACAUUGAAUGCCUGCAGCUUUGUAUUUGUACAGUAAGUUGUAUGCAUUUGUUUUCAUGUGACUUAUAAAAGCUUGGGGAGGGUGGGGACAGUGAGCAACCAAUAGUUUUCAAUUGGGCUUUUUUUGGGUGGGGGAUUGGAGUUGAAGGAUUUUAUUUUUUUCUGGGUGGUUGUUUGUUUUUUUGUAUGAAAGCACAAAAUAUCUUGAUCCUUCCCUUCCCUUUUUGGGGACAGCAUUUGCAACUUGUUAAAUUAAUGGAAGAUGUUUGUUAGUCAGUACAUGGGAGAUGGAGAGGAAAGUGUUCAAUAAUUUGUAGCACAGCAGCAGCUUUUGCACAGACUGUCAGACCUGGCACUGCAGUAGUCUAAUAUAAGAGAGUCUUUAAAGCUGGACUCAAUAGCCAGGUAAUGUGGAGGAAGAACAUUGUAAGGCUUUGCUUUGUUUUGAAGUUGUAGAAUCCACAAUAUCAAUGUUCUGAUAUUGCUAGAAGAUUAUUAUAAAGCUAGUAAAAGGUCCAGUUGGAUGGUCAUUUGUUUUUCUGAGGCUGAAAUGAAGGGGAGGGAAAGAUGUUCAGAUUUUUUUUCUUUAAGUGUGUGGGGGAGACACAUGCAAAAAUAGACCAAUGAAGGUCUUGUAAGGGUGAGCUUUACAUUCAGUCAUUUCAUUUCAACUGGCAUAUGCUAAGCAGUCAUAAUCCCAAUCUGUUUUAGUCUGAAGUCCUGAUACACACAUGGUAACCUAUCUCCAAAAUGACAAUAAAUAUAUAUUGCCAGCAUGAGAAA